AUGGAGUGCGCAAACCAUAUGAACCAAAAUGAGAGCGAGAUAUUGAGUCCAAACUAUCCACACAAAUAUCCGAAUAACUAUCGGUGCGUUUGGUAUAUAACAGUCGCCGACAAUAAAUACAUUGCACUUAAAGUGAAUACUUUUCAUACGGAACUCAAACACGAUUUGGUCUCUGUAUAUGACGGCCACACCGAAGAGGACAGUCAACUGUUGGCCACUUAUAGCGGUUUUGCCGAAGACUAUGACUACACGGGUGUACCCCGUAAUGGCAUGACUAAAUUCCGAUCGGUUAUAUCCAGCGGCAAUAAGUUACUUGUUAAGUUUCGCACCGAUUAUGUUACUGAGUAUACAGGGUUUAAUAUCACAUACGAGUCCAUUGACCAAGGCUGUGGACUUACGCUAAAUGCAACCAGGAAGGAAAUAGUGAGCCCCGGGUAUCCAAGUGAGUACAUUUUCGCACUGGUAUGCGUGUGGAACAUAUCUGUGCCCUCAGACAUGAUGGUUAUGAUCACAUUCGCUGACUUUCAAACCGAAUACAACUUUGAUUAUCUCCGUAUUCACGACGGCUUCGAUAGGAACAGCAACAUGAUGGUUAUGAUCACAUUCGCUGACUUUCAAACCGAAUACAACUUUGAUUAUCUCCGUAUUCACGACGGCUUCGAUAGGAACAGCAGUUUUGUCACUUAUACAGGAGAUAACAUUCCUCCACAGAUUAUAUUUGUGUCCAAUGAAAUCCAUAUCAUGUUUAAUAGCGAUCAUAAUAAGCCCAGGCGUGGCUUUAAUCUCACUUACCAUGCUUUUAAAAAGCCAGGUCAAAAUAAAGAGAUUUACGAGGCGUUUACUGAUAACCAAGAUGUGACAGAAUAUUCUGCACGACCGUUGGCUUACAUAAGCAUAGCAUUAAAUGCAAUGUUAGUAAUCGUGGUCAUAAUCUUGCUCAAAGGAAAAAUAUAACAAUUUGGCCACAAAUAUAAUUGACUCACAUUGUAAAGUAUUAAUUAACAAAUACGAUAAUCUCGAAUGCGAUGAUGAUGGAGAUAAUUGCAAUAACAAUAAUCAUCCAGGUGAUAUUAAUGAAGAGCAAUCAAACC